AUGUCUAGCCUGCAUGUGGGUGUGACAAAUGCUGUGUUUGAAGCGCUUGAAUCGCUCAUUCAGAUGGCACAGCCGCUUUCAACACGGAAUAUGCAAACGAUCAUCAAGACGUGUGUGCCUUUGGCGCUGCAGCGACUAGCGGAUGUGCCGAUCGCACAAGCAUGGCUCUUGCACCUGUCGCGUAUUGUGUUCAAGGAUGUGUUGGGCUCCGCACGCAUGCGUGAGGGCGACGCACCUCAUUCUAUGUGGGAACACACGAUCCGCGAUGCCGGCCUCGGUGCAACGUCGCCUCAUGUGCGUGAACAUACCCUCCAGCUUCUCGUUUCCCUACAGGAUUGUCCACUUCCUCUUCAGACGCUGCUCCCUUUUCUUGUGGAUGGCGUGCAAGAUCCCGAUGCGAAUGUGCGUGCAGCAGCGAAAACAGCCAUCAGCUCACUGUAUGCACCGGCCGAUCCCACCCUUCGAUCGGAGCUGAAACUGACCCUGAUGGAGCGUCAUGUUCAUGCCUCGACUUUUGAUGAGAUCAUGCAGUCUGUUGUGGGACAUACGUCUACGGCCGCGGAUGCAGCGGACGCGCCAGCCACGCCCACACCAAGACGGACGAUGACGACGGCGACGACAGAGUCGUCAACGUCAUCGUCGCCAUCGUUGACAUUGUCCUCCAAGAUGCCUGAACUGCCAGCCGAACUGGUUUCGGUCCCAUCCGACGAUAUUCGACCUGUGCAUAUAUUAUCACACUAUGAUAUGGAACACGCAUUUUCCUCCGCUGCACAAGCGCUCGAUGGCAAAGAAACAGAAACCAACUGGCAGCCACGAGAAAAGGCAAUCAUAACCAUGCGCGGCAUGCUCAAAGGCACUGUGCCUGAUGAACUAUCACAUGCAUUUCUUAUGCAUAUUCGCAGUCUGCAGGAAGGAAUCCUCAAAGCACUCGCAAGUUUACGAACGACCCUCGCUAUGCAUGCCAUCGGGCUGAUCCGACAACUGGCACUGACAUUUGGUGCACAUCUCGAACAUACCCUGGACGCAUUUCUAACGUCACUGAUGCGCAUGGCUGGCUUUACAAAGAAGAUCGUGGCGACAGCGAGUCAACUCGCCGUGUCGACGAUCCUUGCUUGUGCGAGCGUGCGACAUUCGUACUGGCAACUUCUUUCUGCUGGCUUGCAAGACAAAAGCGCUGCAACGCGUGUAUACAUGUGCAAGCACCUUGGCGUGAUUCUGCAUGUGCAUGGACAGAGGCGAGCGGACUUGGAGGCGCAUCAUGGUCUUGAGAUGAUGAUGCAGUGCUUAGGUCGCGCACUGGGUGAUCCAAGCGCGGAAGUUCGCUCUGCUGCACGCGACGUGUUUUUUCCAUUCCACAACAUGUACCGCGCUGAAGCCGAGCAGGUCUUGAUGUCGUGUGCGCCUGCGACUCGAAAGCAGGUAGCAGCGAGUCUUGAGCAUGUGCCAUCGCUGCGACGUACUCCAACACGAGCUGGCCCAACACGAGCCAUCGUAGCUGCCAAGCGCGCAGCUAUGCAUCAGCAGCAGCAGCAGCAACAACAACAACAACAACAGCAGCAGCAGCAGCAGCAGCAGCAAGAAGAAGAAGAACAAGAAGAAAAAGAUCAACAACAACCACAACAAAUGCAGUUGCAACCACCCGACGCACUGCAUCAACAGACACAUGAUGCGGCCAUGGCGGAACGGAUGCGCAUGCCUCGCGAAUCGUUGUGGCAUCCAAGUCUGGUCGAUGGACCUGACGCGUCUACAGACUUGUUGCAUUCUGACGUGCCAUGGAGCCGCAAUACAGCAGAUGAUAGCGUAGCCCGCGACAGAGCGCAGGAUGAUGAAGGUGAUAUCACAGCCAUGCUUCACGGACUUGGGAUUCAGUCAGAGAACCAUACACCGAAGCAAAUGGGGAUCCAUUCGAACACGGACACUUUCAAGACAGCAACACCUUCGUCACCCUCUUCCUCCUCGUCAAACACGCCAAGAAAAGCGUCAUUCUUGGCGAGUACGCCGACGAUGUCUUCGCAUGUGCCUGAAACACCGACGCCUGCAAAAGUGCCGGCAUGCACGGCCUCACCAUCAGCCACACCGACGCUCUCGACGCGCACGAUGCCCUCGCUUGUUUCGAGUCUCACGCAGCCGCCUACGGCAACGCUAUGGUUCCUGACAAGGUGCGCUAGCGCUUUGCAAAUGUGGAGCAAUGAAUCCGUGGAGGCACUAUCAUGGGAUGAGAUGCUGGCACAAUUUGUGGCGGGGCGCGCAUCAACGGCUGUGUUAUGCAGAAUCGCGCACGAUCUCGACGCGUCAGCGUCUAUUUCGUCUGAGGAUGUGGCAAAAAUGCUCGCCGUUCUGUCGACCACAUACGUGACAGAGACGACGAAUGAGGUGCGAUGGAUCCUGGGACUUUGUAUAUUGCAUCGCUUGGCUCGUGCUGCAUGCGCCGAAGAAGUGCAUGAAGGCACAUGGCUUGCACUCGUGUUGCAAGUCCCGGCGACAGUGGUCCAUGAUCACGCUACAUUGGCCAUGGGUGCAGGCCGCUCUAUGGUGGAAACGUGGAGCGAGCUGACACAGUCACGAAAGCCAUGCGCCCGCAUUCUGGAGACUGAGUGUGCGUCUGAGCGACAUGACGAGGGCGAGAAAGGAAAGGAUCUUAGGUCAAAUAUGGAACGUGGAGUCGGUGGGUCACAAAAUCAGGCAAAGCUGGCAUUGACUCUUUAUGCCAUCGAGCGCGCGCUUGCGCGUGUGGCGCCGCCAGUCCUGGAAGAAGAACUCCAUGUGACGGUUCCGCUUGUACACAGCACGCUCCGCGAUCCACAUGCACCUGUGCGCCGUGCAUGUGUUUGCAUGCUUGUGCACGCAUACGCAAGGUUGGCCGAUAAAGACCAAUUCCGCCGCAUAUAUGCACCAUUAAGUGCGGGAGAAGAGCGGCUUAUUUUGGUACGUUGGACAGCCCAAAGCAGCUGCGAAGCCAUAGCGCAGUGGUCGGACAAUGGCAAACAUAAGCCGGCAGGGACUAACAUACGCGCAGCACUAUGUGGAACGAGGGCAGCUUACGUAGACGCAGCAGCAGACAUGAGCGAGAGAGGCCUGACUAGAGGCUUGGAUGUAUGA